UUGCGCGUAAAUGAAAUCAGGUGCGAGUAAAGUAGUGGUGGAGAGCACGCCUGUGUGCUUUCACUUAGGACCAAUCUAACAAACAUUAGUCUAUGUAGUCUACUAUCUACUGGGGGUUUUAAAUCACAGAGAAUAAGUUCUACAUAGCCUAGUUUAGAGUGAGUAAGCUCGAAAAUGAAUAAGACUGAAUAUCAUCAACUACCACUUUCCCAAUAUGGUUUCGAGCAGCAAUUUGACGAGCGAGGCGCUAUCGAAUGGAUGCAGGAGAACUGGAGCAAGGCCUUUGUGUUCUGUGGCCUAUAUGCUGCGCUGGUCUUUGGAGGCCAACAUUUCAUGAAGGAGAGGCCUAAACUUAGUCUGCGCAGACCACUGGUGCUGUGGUCACUCAGCCUGGCCAUCUUCAGUAUCAUUGGAGCAAUUCGAACAGGAUGGUACAUGCUGUAUAUCCUCUCCACCAGUGGUUUCAGACAGUCUAUAUGUGACCAGAGCUUCUACAACGGGCCAGUGAGCAAGUUCUGGGCCUAUGCCUUUGUCCUGAGCAAAGGCCCUGAACUGGGUGACACUGCAUUCAUUGUGCUCCGUAAGCAGCGGUUGAUCUUCCUGCACUGGUACCACCACAUUACCGUGCUGCUCUACUCCUGGUACUCCUACAAGGACCAGGUGGCUGGAGGCGGCUGGUUCAUGACCAUGAACUACUCUGUUCACGCACUCAUGUACAGCUACUACGCAGUGCGGGCGGCCGGCUACCGUGUGCCACGCCCCUUUGCCAUGGUCAUCACCACCUUCCAGAUUGCUCAGAUGGCCAUGGGGCUGACGGUCAAUUGGCUGGUCUACCACUGGAUGCAGGAGGGGGACUGCCACUCCUACCUGAACAACAUUGUGUGGAGCUCCCUCAUGUACCUCAGCUACCUGGUCCUCUUCUCCUCCUUCUUCUACCAGACCUACAUGAAAGGCAAAGGUGGCAAGAGCUCCAAGAAAGACUAAAUUGUGGGGGGAGGGAUUGCUACAUUGCCUGACACGGUCCAUUUUUAAGCUUUUCGCAACAAUGGCAGCGAUAAGUCUCUGUCCAUUCUCUAUACACCUUAUGCCAUUAGUUUACCAGCAGUGAACUAUUUUUCAGAACCCGUCAAGUGACAUCCACUGUCUGAAGUGUUUCCAGAAAUGUUUUCAUGAAGAUGUUGACUCAUCUGUUUUUAGCCGUACAUUUUUUUCUUUGUAUCAUAAAGUUCCGAUCUGUGCUUUUCAAAAGGCACAUGUAAUGGCAUCCCCUGCGAGUUUCUGUUCAGACUGGUGCGACUGGUUUUCAUACAGUUCCAUGGUGCUCUAAUGAACUUGUCAACUAACUACUAAGAGGACAGACAGCUGGUACGCCCAUACCCAACCCCAAUAUUUGGCAAUUCUCAUUCAUUACCUUGGAUUAGCCUACAUCAGCAUAUCUCAUUGUGACUGUCUCUUAGGUGUUGGUGUGGGCCUUCGGUUUCUCUAAACUUGUUUCCAAAAUUCACACUGAGAUAUUUGUCACUUUUUUGAACGGAGGAGUAGUUGUGUUCUGGCUCGAAGGAAUCCCUCUGAAAGCAGCUACUUGUUGGGUGUUCAUAUAAUAUAACUGUAUUUAUUAAUUAAUUUGAUCGUAUGAUGGCAGCUGGAAUAGUGCCGGAAAAGUCCAACUUUCCCAUGGUCUCUCACUGCACAAUUAUUCGAUUUUUGCACCAGAGAUGAAGUUAUUUAUUUGUAUAUUCUUAGGAUGCAAGUGAUGCCAUGUUGCUUUUUUCUGAUGCAUCACAGGAGUGGUUUUUGGUUUCACUGUCACUUUCUGGCAAUCUGGUGAGAAUGCUGUGUAUCCUGAAUGGAAUUCCUAACUAAAAGAGAAGCCUGUUCUGCUGUGAAUGUCAGGUAUUUUUGUCCCUCAUUCUAAAAUAAAUUAAGACUGGUUUUUAGAAAGGGGAUGUUUUGAGCUUUGUUUUAAGUAGCUGGAAACCGAUUUGGUAUCUUGACAUGGUUAACUUUAUUUGUUGUCUUGCUGUUAAUUCAGUUCUGUUUAUUUAAGCAUAUUUAUUGGGCUUACUUUACAGAUUAAAGGGAUUGCAUAUGAAUGUAUGUUGUACCUGUGGGGGUGAGAUGCUGAGCAAGAUACUUUUAUUAUGCUCAGAGUUCAACACCAUUUUCACUCUACCAAAACUUGCCAGUGGAAUUUGAUUGCUAUAUUUACAUUUUGUUAAAAUGUGCAGCAGAAAAAGCUAAAUGUAUUUUAAGAUGUGCCAAAUGAUGCUGAACAACCCUAUGUCAAUAUUAUGACGAUCUGUUUCUCAUCUGUAUGUAUUGCCAUAUUGAGCAGAUGGCCAUCAGCCUAUGAAUUCUACUUUGAUCCUGAUCUGAAGUGUUUGACAUGACAUGUACUACGUGUUAUAAAUGAAAACGGACAAACUAAGGCCUUGUAAUAUUUGAAAUGUAUUAUAAUAAAGCAGUCUCUUUUGCAA